AUGGAGCCUCACAAUAUACCUGCGGAUACGUCACCACCAUCAACAACCCCCUUUAGAGAAAGCGAUUCGGUGCAUCAUGAGGCGGGAACACCACGAACUUCCCAAUCCGUGUGGUCUCAGGCUAAUGAUGCGUCUGCUCAUUUGAAAACGCAAAAUGAGUACCGCAUCAAGGUCAAACAGCGUCAACAAAUUCUGGAUAGAAUCAACAUCGAACGCAUACUUCCGCAUCUUAGCAAUAUUUCCGUGCACGAGCUCGAGGCAAAAUUAUCGGUACUGGAACGUCAGUACGAAUCAUUUCACCAUCUACAAUCAGAAUUGGAGCUAAUGAACGAUGAAGAACUCAAUCAACCACAUCGGGAUACAUUCGAUGAAUCCUUUUGUGCGGCGAAGGCAAUAAUAGUGCAGCGCAUAAAUGUGCUUAACCCCGCACGCCGAGAAACUAUAUUCAACAGCACAGCGAUUGCAUCUCCGUCACAUCGAGUCAACCUUCCGAAGCUUCAACUCACGAAAUUCAAUGGUCAUCAUCGAAAUUGGAUGGAUUUUUAUAACAUGUUUUUAGCGCUCGUUCACAACAACAGCCAAUUAGCAAACAUCGAGAAGUUUCAGUACCUUCGAUCAUGUCUCGUCGACUCAGCAGCUAGCCUAAUACAAUCGUUUGAGGUGACCGAUGAAAAUUAUAUCAAGGCGUUGGAUCUGUUACGGUCUAGAUAUGGAAACAAGCGGGUAAUUUUCCAAGCUCAUAUCCAACAUAUUUUCGAAGUACAGGGAGAAACAAGGCCGAAUGCAUCAUCUAUGAGGGCGUUCAUAGACGUCGUCAAUACCAAUUUACGAGCUGUGCAAUCACUAGCUUCAAAUCAGCAAGUGUCAGAUGGCAUACUCUUGCAUCUGGUAUCCUCAAAGCUCAAUACAGACACGAAGGCCAAGUGGGAGGAAGAGGUUACCCACUUGUUUGAUCAGCGAUCAACUGCCAUGAGUUUUCAUCUGCCCACUUGGGAGGACUUAGCAAAAUUCUUAAAACGUCGUUGUCAAAUUGCAGAUAUUUUGGAAGCCGGGCAGCCUAAAACAAUCAUACCAAGAACUCAGCUAACAACACAUAGGCACAACAAACGUGACGAAAAAUGGGCUAUGGUGACUACCAAACAAGCAAAGUGUGAAUUUUGCAAUGCGGUUCCCCAUCAUAAUGCCUUCAAAUGCGACACGUUCCGUGCAAUGGAUCCACUUGCAAGAUAUAACUGUGUGAAAAGACUGAACUUGUGCUUGAAUUGCCUUGGAUCAGGUCAUAAAUCGAAUGAUUGUCCUUCAGUCAAUCUCUGUAAACACUGCAAUGUAAAACAUCAUACACUAUUACAUCGAAAUGAUUCAGCCAUUACCAACAUAUCACCGAGAGCAGGUUUGCUCUCAUCAUCUGCUCUUAAGGUGAGUCUCGAUCAAUCAGAAGUUAUUGGAACAGCAAUUAUUCAUGUUUUUAAUUCUCGGGGAGAGAGCAUCCGAGCUCGCGCUCUGCUAGAUUCCGGAUCUCAACUGCAUUUCAUCACGGAGAAAUUGGCACAACAUUUAAGAGUAACUCAAAAGGGCGUAGAUAUUGACGUCAGUGGAAUAGGUCAAAGGAGAGCAAAGGCACAACAUUUAUGUUGCAUAACGAUUAAAUCUCUAACCGAAGAGUAUAGUGCUACCAUUGAUGCACUAAUCAUACCAUCCAUUACGUCAUGUCAACCUAGUCGUCGCACCGAUCAGUCAACCAUUUCGAUUCCAGAUACCAUUUCCAUCGCUGAUCCGACAUUCAACAUACCAGGACAGAUUGACAUACUCAUUGGAGCAGGAUUAUUUUUUGAGAUACUUAGUAAGGGCCAAAUACGUCUCAAUGGUCCAGUAAUACAAAAUACCAAAUUUGGUUGGGUGGUUGCAGGUGCAAUUCCUGCGCACGUAAUAUCAGCAGCUGAUCCAUCACCUCCAUACAAAGCAUUCACAUCAGUCACAUCAGAGUCCAUUUUAGAUAAGCUCCUGGAAAGGUUUUGGGCCAUCGAAGACAUUCAGGCAUCGUCAUCGUCGAUUCUAUCAUCGGAUGAGCUCGAAUGUGAAUCCUAUUUCAGAUCUACUACUCACAGGUGUCCCGUUACCAAUAAGUUCAUUGUUCGCCUUCCAUUUCGUGAAGACCCGCAUCACCUGGGUGGUUCAGAAGAAACCGCAGGCAAAAUAACGUUUUCGUUAGAAUCCAAACUGAAUCAAAACUCAAAUCUUCGCAGAGAUUACAAUGAAUUCAUGGAAGAGUAUAUCAAUAUGAAGCAUAUGAUUCCAGUUAAUUUAGAAUAUUCACCAAGAAAUCGCCUUAACUAUAUUCCCCACCACGGGGUCACAAAACUUGAUAGCUCGACUACUAAGCUGCGGGUAGUCUUUGACGCCUCCUGCAAAACCUCAAAUGGAUAUUGCCUAAACGAUAUGUUGAGAGUUGGUCCCCAGCUACAAGAUACGAUAUUCACAAUUUUGACCCGAUUCAGAAGACACAAAUGUGUCAUUAUUGCUGACAUUACCAAAAUGUAUAGGCAAAUCUGGGUCGACGAACGAGAUACCCAAUGGCAAUGCAUUAUCUGGCGCCCUACCUCUCAACAACCACUUACCACAUAUCAGCUACAAACAGUUACUUAUGGUACUAGUUGCGCACCGUACCUUGCUGUAAAAUGCCUUUAA